UUCAACGCGGACAAUACCUUGUAACAAGUGAACAUUACGGAGUACUAAAUUGGUAGUGCUUCUAUGAAGGAUUGUUGGAGCUGUGCCUUCUUUACAGACGAGAAGCCAUCUUUGUGAUUUAGGAUUUCUAUACCUUCUGUUCUCUUUUGUAAGUUUUAUAUUCCUCUUCUUGGUUCUUUAUCGGUUUUAUUUUUUUGUCAAACUUCCCAAUUGGUUUUAUCAUAUACCAUUUUAUAAACAUCUCAAAAGGGACGAAUGCAAAACUAUCAUAAUAUAUAUGAUUCGAAUAUAAUAACUUAUUAGAUUGAAAAAUUAACAAAGACUCGCCGUUAUCAAUUUCCUGCUGCCAUGUCCUCUAACAUCACUCGCCCAGUCUUAUUUAUUCCUGUUCGCGAAGGAGAAUAUGUUUUGAAAGAUGAGGUUCAAUUGUCGAUCUCGACGCAAAAGUAUCAUGUUUCGGGGUCUCCUCUUGAUCCAAACACUCCCAUAAAAAGUCCUGUUCCAGUUCACCUUCAAACCGUGUGCUUUCCUUUUUCAGAAGCUGCCUUAGGGAAAGAGUACAUGGAAGAACUUCGAAAAGUGCCUGGUGUACACUAUACCGAAGAGGGGCGGGAAGUCCCAAAUAUAUUAGAAAACUACAAAAGCUCGAAGCGAAAGUCUUACACCCACUCCUCUUCCAGUAACUUUAAGCUAUACCGACCAUCAUCUCGUCCAGGAAGUUCUACUUUCAAUCCAAAAUGUUUCAUUUCUUCCAUUACCUUUUAUGAAAAUAUUCUUCGUUCUUUCUCCAAUUCUUCUUCUCUAGAAAAAACAUAUGCUUUUGCCAACCAUGAAGAGUCUUUCUACUGGCUCGAUUUAAGUAACAGCGGUACUCAUUCUACUUUGCUUCGCAUAGACUUUCAUAGGUCUCGUCCGGUGUGUCACCACAUAAAUGAGUACACGAAAAGUUCCAAAUUUUUAGAGAUCAUCAUCGGCUUUGAUACAGGUGAUGUUAUGUGGUAUGAUCCCAUCAGUUACAAGUAUCUUCGAUUCAACAAAGGUGGAUCUUUUAAUAAUAGCCCAGUAAGUAAUAUUCAGUGGCUUCCUAAUCAAGAGAAUGUAUUUUUGGUGUCAUUUCAGAAUGGAUGGAUGAUUUACUAUGACAAAAAUCAACAAGAGAAACAGCUUUACGCUUCCAUUCCGGAAAAGAAUUUGAAAUCAUUAUAUUUAAGUUCGCGUGGUACUUUUACCGUGCUCAAAGACUUUCCUUCUCCUGAUGAUAGAAAACCUUCAAAUCCCAUUGCCUGUAUUGCCUUAUCAAAUUCCCCUAUUAAUGCUUUUUCAAUUUCUCCUGACCAACAACAUUUGGCGGUUGUUUCUGAACGUGGAACUUUGAAGCUUCUGCUGUACGAGGAACUAGGAAUGCUUGACGUUUUUCAUAGUUAUUUUGGCGGCUUAUCGUGUAUAGCUUGGUCACCAGAUGGAAAGUUUAUUGCCACUGGUGGAAAAGAUGAUAUGCUGUCGGUUUAUUCGUUUCCCCAAAGAAAACUUGUUGCUCGCUGUCAGGGACACAAGUCUUGGGUCUUGGGUAUUACUUUUGACCGAUGGCGUUGCAAGGAUGAUAGUUACCGUAUCGCCAGUGUUGGUCUUGAUUGCCAAUUGCUUUUAUGGGAUUUUCUAGUAAGUGCACUUCAUCGUCCAAAGUCUGCCCUCAACUACGUGAACAACCACGUUGAACCAUCUAAACCGAGUAUGAAUGACUUGGAUGAUGUUGGAGAUUUAAAUGUUCAAUCGGGCUACAAAGGUUUUAUGCAAAAUGACAUAACGAUCCACCCAACAGUUUCUCGAUCUUUGAUUCCAAUUAUAUCCCCGAUUACCUCUUACGCUGUUGACAGGGCACCUGUAACAUCCAUUGUUUUUCAAUCUGAUUGCAUGAUUACUUGCUCUUUGAACGGGAGAAUCCGAGUUUGGCAAAGACCCUUAUGUUAACUAUGAGCUACUCGUUUGUAGUUAGUUGUUUUCCUUAACGAUUAUUGUUUUUUAUGAUACUUUCUCAGUUGAUAGAAUUACUAAAUGCUUGUUUUCAUAUUUAUAGAUUUGAAUACCCU